AUGGCAAAAGCUUUUAUUGAACAGGCUAUCCUCAAUCUUAUGUAUUUAGUUGUUAACUCUUACAUGUGUUUUACAGGAAAUUCUCAACAGUCAGUACAGACCACUCUACACUAUUCCUGGGAUUGUGCCCAACAAGUUCACUUUCCUCACCAUGCUCAGCAAGUGGGACCCAUUUAUUUCAAAACACCAAGAAAAUGUAAUGUGUUUGGAGUCUGCUCAGAAGGAUCUGGAAAACAAAGUUUCUAUUUGAUUGAUGAAGCUGAAAGUAUUGGCAAAGGAGCACACUCUGUUGUUAGUAUGGUGCAUCACUAUUUCAACAAAUUUGGUCAUGGAGAGACUGAUGCUAAAAUCCAUUUUGACAACUGCACUGGUCAGAACAAGAAUAAUGUUGUAUUAUGGUAUGCAUUAUGGAGAGUAAUGACAGGAUUACACAAAAGCAUAGAAUACUCAAUGAUGAUUACAGGA